UGCCCGGUAACCCUCCUGUUCAUUAAAAAUUCGCCUUUCCGUCCGCUUUGCUGUACGCCGUCAUCUAUCCCGAGAUAUCCAACAGCCGAUAAGUCACCUAUAGUGGACACACAUACGCCAUCAAUUUGGCUACAGUGUAUAGUGUCGUGCAGUCUUCUAUCAUUAUCCCUACUGUUUAUUUAUUUACUGAUACAUAUUACCACCAAAAAUAAGCAUCACUUCGAGGAUCGAGAUUUGCUGAAAAUAAUUGACAAAACUGUAAUUUCUCCACAAAAAUUGUCCUCCACGACAAUUGAAUAGUUUGGUUAAACGGUACAGUUGCUAUGUCAAAUGAGGAGCGUCUCCGUUCUCUCUUGGCUGACUUGGGUAAGGCAACACUCCGAGGUGUCAAGAAGUGUCCAAAAUGUGGAACAUACAAUGGCUCUCGAGGAUUAUGUUGUAAAAAUAAAUACUGCGAUGUAGUAUUCAAAGAGCCCGGUGAAAAAAGAAAAAUGUCAACAGAGGCCUGUAAACUUAUAACUGGAUCAGCUGUUCAAGUUUUUUCUGUACGAGUACGUGACAAAGGACCCGAUCACCGAGGCUUCGUGCAACUGCCCUUGAUCAAUGCCACCGUAAUGUCCAACGAUAUGAACACUAUCAUAUCCCAAAGUACAGCAUUGUGCUUUGUCGACAGCUGCGAGAGGAGCUUUGACACAAGUGUCCUGAAGUGUCACGAAAAAGAUUCGACAGACAGUUGUAUCUCCACAUGUCAGCACAUCCAAGCAGCCCUCAGGUGUUACGCUGAGGCACAACCGCUCACCCUGAGGAAUUCCAUUCUGUCGUCGUUAAAUGUUAACAACGAGACGAAACAGGAAAUUUGGUUACUGGCGACGGAAACCUCGGGGCCUCUGGUACAACGGGUCUCCAAGACUAUCAUGGCUGUCAAGUGUAAAGCAUCACCCAAACAUCCUCUCGGUUAUCUACAUUUUUCGUUCUACACUAGCAAAUUGAAGGAGAGGAUAGAACACAGAUACUCAUGUAGCUGCACUGCUUUCAAGGCAGCCCCGAAGGGGACGGAGUUGCAGGGCGAGGAGCAGUCUGGACAGGCGAGACGCUGUGCUCACUUCUACGCAUGCAUUUGUGCCUUUGCUAGUGAUCCUAAAUUGUCGGAGGAGUUCAGGUAUUAUAUUAAUCUGGAUCAGAUGGAAUUGAGGAUAGAGAAGAGCCUCAGUGUACCUUUUCAACCAGCCGAGACGGAUAAAAUUAUUGGAAUGGAUUUGGAAAAUCUAAGUGAUGAUACGCAUCUCCUCAUAUUUCGUGACGACACAUUGACAGUUCAGAGUCUAGACGGAAGUAGAUUGGACAUAGACUCGAUAAAUCUCGAUGCAACAAUUCUGCCUAACAGCAUUGUGGAAGGAAUCGAUGUGGACUGUGAAUCGGGAUUCCUCGAUAACGGUAACAACAUUAUUUCCCCCGUUCACGAUAUCGAUAUUGACCAGAAUAGGAUGAUGACCACCAGUACUGUAAAAAUAGUUGAGGAUGAAGCGAACGCAAAAUACGAUCUAUCAACAAGUGGUGAUUAUUUGGAAGACGAUAAUCAGUCGAUAAAAUUGUGGAACGCCGGUUCAAUAAAAAUAUUGGAUACCCAGGGGAUUUUCAACGGGAGAAAUGUGAAAUUAUUGGACGGAAGUCGAUUGCUCGACAGUGGAAUGAAAAUCAUUGACAACAGCUCUGGAAUUAUCAACUGUGAUUCAGAAAUAACACUCCAAAUGAUGAACAACAUUCAGCCACACUCGACAAAGAGAAAGCGAGACGAAGUUCCAUUGCCUAAGUUGUGCAUCAAUAAUUUAAAUUCCAUUGAAACGAGAAAAGGAAAGACGAAAGCGACGAUUAUAAAAAAAUAUCACAACUCGUGUGACAAUCUCGACGAGGGAAACACCAGUUUGUCGUUUAUUAAGUGGCUGGGCUCGAUAACUGAGAGGAUCAAUCAAACAAUGCAUUUCCAAUUUGAUGGAAAACCAGAGCCGCUGGUCUUUCACGUUCCUCAGAUUUUUUUCGACUGCCUUCGAGAGCGAAUAUCGUGUGGGGGUAAAAAAAAACGACUGCCAAAUUCCACCACAGCCUUCGUGAGGAAGGAUGGAGUACCUUUGGGAACCUUCACCAAAUACACGUGGCAAAUUACAAAUAUACUUCACGUCAAGAGUAUAUUCGAUACACCUGUCAUUCCACUGGAAAUAACGAGAAGUUUCCUGCAAAAUUCUGAUGGCACGUACGAAUUGUUUAAACGAGAAGAAUCAGACAUUGAUCGUUACAAGAAAAUGGGUAAUAAUGCCCUCAUUAAACCCCUGGAACUGAAAACGUACCUCAAAGUUGGAAAUACCUGCCCAGAUCAGGUAGAGCCUACCCCCUUUUUGAUCGAGUGGAUUCCCGAUAUUCUUCCAAUUUCGAAAAUCGGGGAGCUGAGGCUAAGAUUUGAAUUUGGUCAUGUAAAAAGUGAAGCACCUCAAAAAUACAGAAAAGUAGCGCUAGCUAAGAAUUAUUCGUAGAUAAUUAUUUUAUUAUCCAAGUAAUGGAGAUUAAGGAAAUAAACAAUUGUGAUAUCCAUACAUAAUAAGUUAAUUACCGUGUAAAUUCGUCAUUUAGGGUAGUACGUGUUUUUCUACCAUUUAUAUAUAGUUUGUAAAUGUUUGAAAUUAAUGUUCCAUCUGCAUUGCAAUUAAAAAUUGAAAAAUAUUUACAAGAGAAUAUCACUGUUCAAAAAGGAAAACAAACUAUUAUAUUAGUUAUUUAUUGCUGAGAAAGAAAAUAAAAUAAAUGGAUUCAACGAA